AAUUUUUUAAAUCAUUAUAAUUCUGGAAACAAAGGAUGGUAUUUGUAUAACCACAUGCUGUUCCUGGUUGGACAUUUUAAACACAAUCCAAAGCCAAAGCCAAAGAAGACAAGUGGUAGGGGGAGAACUUCGAACCCAUAUUUGACGUUAAGUGGACCUAUUGGGCAUCUAAGUCAGCAAAUUCAUCAGAUACCUACACUUGAGGGCAUAAAUCCACUUACUUCAAACGCAAGUGCAUUCCAGAAUCCGUCACUGGAUCCAAACGCAAGCGCAUUCCAGAGUCCGUCACUUGCUCCAAACGCAAGUGCAUUCCAGAAUCCGUCACUGGAUCCAAACGCAAGCGCAUUCCAGAGUCCGUUACAUGCUCCAAACGCAAGUGCAUUCCAGAAUCCGUCACUGGAUCCAAACGCAAGUGCACUCCAGUCACCGUUCACUUCAACCUCAAGAAAAGCAGUUACCACUCGCUUCAAUCUCAAGUACAGCGCAGUUACCACUCGCUUCAACCUCAAGUACAGCGCACUUACCACUCGCUUCAACUUUAACUGCAUUCCAGACACCGUUCAGUGCUGAAAGAACAUCGGAAGGAGAAUUUUUGAAACAUGAGGUGCUCUUCUUUCAAGACGAAAUCAUUCAAAUCGACGAUGUUUCAUCUGACGAAAACACAUCAAGGGAUACAAAUUCAAUGGAACUUAACACGGCAUUUGAUACAAAUUCAAUAGAAUUUAACACGGCAUUUGAUACAAAUCAUUCGAACUUGGGCAGCACUUUUGCUUCCUCUGAAAAUGUAAAUUUUGUAGAUGAAGCAAUGCGCUCAUCUACAGGACUUAUAUUUCCCGAACCAUCUGCAUUCUCAUUUCCACGUGUUAUGGACAUUCCAAAUUCCCGUGGAAAGGAGCCAAUUGUGCCCCCACACGACAACUACAAACGAAGACGCAGCAGCAAUGAUAACUUGGGAUCAGUUAAGGAAGAUGUUUCACGAACCGCAGAUGAUUUUCAUAGUUUAACUGUGAAUGUCAUAGAGACAACUAAACUGAAGCAAGAAGUUUUGCGAAAACAACUGAGACCAUCAGAAUCGGAUCCGAUGUUUCAGUUGUUAAUGUACCAUUGGAGGCGUCUUUCGAGCCAAGAGCAGGCGGAAAUGCUCUCUCCGGCAUUGGACAUAAUGGAAAAUUUUUCAACUUCUUAAUCAAUAAACAAAACAAUGACCUCUCAGAUCGAUCUAGUGGUCAUUAUUUUUAACAUAUUAUAUGUUCGAUAAUUUAUUGGUUAAUGGUUGACAAAAGCACAAUGCUUCGACUAGAUUUAUUGUUUCAUUUUUUUCGUUUGACGAUGUAAGUUAAAUCGUCCUUUUUUCUAUAAAUUUUAAUAAAAUAUGACCUCUCAAAUCGAUAUCAUUAUUUCUAUGCCAUGUUUUUAUGAAAAACAUAAGAAAAAAUGAUGGUUAUUAGCUUUUGACAAAGUUUGUUUUAAAAAUAGAAAAAUUAUAUUAUUAAAUUUAAAAAGCUUUUAAAAGCUAGUCCAAUUUGAGAGGUCCUAUGUAGUUAUGAAAUGAGUAUUUUUUACUUUAUGUUGCAAUACUUACUUCUUCAUAGAAAGAUUGUUCGUUGAUAUUUAAAAAAAACAAUGUGUGUCGACUACAUUGAGAUGUUUGUCGAUUGUUAAUGGUUGAAAAAAGUACAAUGCUUCGACUAGAUUGCAAAAUAUAAUGCAGUCAAUUCCUGAUAAAAAAAGCAAUUAUCCCAUAAAUUUUCCGAAAAAUUAAAAUAAAUCUGGCUGUGCUGCUCUUGAAUUAAAUUUAUUAUGCAUUUAAUUUUGGUAAUUAUUCGUAAAAAAUUUUUUUAUCACGAGUUGAUUGCAUUUUAAGUAAAUCGUUAAUUUUAUUUAUUUUCGUUUGACGAUGUAAGUUAAAUCGUCCUUGUUUCUAUAAAUUUAAAAAAAAAUAUGACCUCUCAAAUCGAUAUCAUUAUUUCUAUGCCUUGUUAUUAUUAAAAACAGAAAAAAUGAUGGUUAUUAGCUUUUGACAAAAUUUGUGUUAUAAAUACAAAAAUUAUAUUAUUGAAUUCAAAAAGUAUUCAAAAGCUAGUCUAAUUUGAGAGGUCCUAUGUAGUUAUGAAAUGAGUAUUUUUUACUUUAUGUUGCAAUACUUACUUCUUCAUAGAAAGAUUGUUCGUUGAUAUUUAAAAAAAACAAUGUGUGUCGACUACAUUGAGAUGUUUGUCGAUUGUUAAUGGUUGAAAAAAGUACAAUGCUUCGACUAGAUUGCAAAAUAUAAUGCAGUCAAUUCCUGAUAAAAAAAGCAAUUAUCCCAUAAAUUUUCCGAAAAAUUAAAAUAAAUCUGGCUGUGCUGCUCUUGAAUUAAAUUUAUUAUGCAUUUAAUUUUGGUAAUUAUUCGUAAAAAAUUUUUUUAUCACGAGUUGAUUGCAUUUUAAGUAAAUGGUUAAUUUUUUUAUUUUCGUUUGACGAUGUAAGUUAAAUCGUCCUUGUUUCUAUAAAUUUAAAAAAAAAUAUGACCUCUCAAAUCGAUAUCAUUAUUUCUAUGCCAUGUUUUUAUGAAAAACAUAAGAAAAAAUGAUGGUUAUUAGCUUUUGACAAAGUUUGUUUUAAAAAUAGAAAAAUUAUAUUAUUAAAUUUAAAAAGCUUUUAAAAGCUAGUCCAAUUUGAGAGGUCCUAUGUAGUUAUUAAAUGAGUAUUAUUAAAUUUCUGAUGUAAAACUUACUUUUUUAUUGAAAAAUUGUUAUUCUAUUAUUCAAAAAACUAUGUUUCGACUUUUUAUUGCUCACAUUUCA